CGCAACACACACACACACACACUCCACAGUCAGCUCUAGUGAUUCAACCCUGAUUUCCAGCGAACGAGCAAGCAACAGACGGGAUGCCAAAAAGUGAGGACCGGUGGAGAGGUUAUUCGCGCUGAAUAAGCCUCUUGAAGAGAUAACGGAGGAAGCAGACGCAACUAAACAAGACGAGAAGCUGCGCUCUUUCGCCGCGGCAACUUGCGCACAGUGCCAGAGUUUUAGCGGCAGUAUUGUUCUGACUUCACUCCAGAGGGGCCACUCCGAGGAGAGAGGACGCACACAAAAGGGAAAAGGAAAGGACUAACGAGCACGCUUUGUCGUUUAAAGUAAUGGUCCUGCGGUCUUAGAUCCUAGCAUUCUCUGUCUCUCUCUCUCCUCUGUGUUUCUUUCCAUUUUUUUUGGUUGAAAUUUUUCGGUCCCGUCGGUUUGUGUCCCCUUUGUCGCCGCGAGAGAGUGGACGCGCCGGGAGCUCGAGGAGCAGAAGCGGGCUGUCCACAUGGUCCAACCACUGGCGUGAAAGUUGACUUCUUCAGAAAACAAGAGAACAGGUGCCAGUGAUGAUGGUGGAAUCAGCCUCUGAGACCAUUCGAACGACACCGUCCAACCAGAACGGAGUCAGCAGCCUCAGCAGCCAAUCAGAUGGUGGGGGAGGAAGAGAGGGCGGGUCUAACGGAGACACCAACGGAGAGAUCAGCCCAGUCGACUUACUGCACCUGCAACAGCAACAGGCGCUCCAGGCAGCCAGACAGUUCCUCCUCCAGCAGGCCUCUGGACUCAACUCCCCUGGCAGCAACGAGGUCAAACAGAGCCCAGUGCAGGUGCCUGUGUCCAUGGCCAUGAUGAGUCCACAGAUGAUCACUCCUCAGCAGAUGCAACAGAUCCUGUCUCCCCCUCAACUCCAGGCCCUGCUGCAGCAACAGCAGGCUCUAAUGCUACAGCAGUUACAAGAAUAUUACAAAAAGCAGCAGGAACAGUUGCAUCUCCAGCUUCUGACUCAGCAGCAGCAGCAGCAGCAGCAGCAACAGCAGCAACAACAGCAGCAACAGCAGCAGCAAGCUGGGAAGCAAGCGGCAAAAGAGCAGUUAGGCAGUAAGCAGUUGGCCUUCCAGCAGCAGCUGAUCCAGAUGCAGCAGCUUCAGCAGCAGCACAUCCUCAACCUCCAGAGACAAGGCCUGGUCCCACUGCAGCCCGCCACCACCAUGCAGUCUCUGCAGCAAGCGAUGUGUCCGUCAGACCUCCAACAGCUGUGGAAGGAGGUGUCGGGGGUGCCAAGCAGUGAGGAGGCCCUGAAACAGGCCGAGGGCCUGGACUUGAGCACCAACAGCUCCAAUUCUACCUCAGCCUUCCCCAAAACUGCCAGCGCUCACAUCUCACUGCACAGCCUGGCCAACGGACAGAGCCACACCCCAAAGAGAGACAGAGCCAGACUGUUUGAGUGGAUAUCCUCCUUCACCAAGGCAGACAGCGGAGAUGACCAUCUCCCCCUUUACGCCAAAAGCAGCCAACCCCCCAGCAGCCAUCAUGAGGAGCACUCCGGCUCCCAUCCUCUUUAUGGCCAUGGUGAGUGUAAGUGGCCUGGCUGUGAAGCACUGUGUGAGGACAUGGGACAGUUCAUUAAGCACUUGAACAAUGAGCACGCCCUAGAUGACCGCAGCACUGCUCAGUGCCGAGUCCAGAUGCAGGUGGUUCAGCAACUGGAGAUACAGCUUGCAAAAGAGAGCGAGCGACUCCAGGCUAUGAUGGCCCACCUGCACAUGCGCCCCUCAGAGCCAAAGCCUUUUAACCAACCUCUGAACCUGGCUUCCAGUGGCUCUCUCUUAAAGCGGGACAGCGAGGCCUACCCAGAGGGUCUUCCUCACCCUCCCACCUCUGCUGCCACCCCCAUCACCCCACUGCGCCAAGGACCCUCGGUCAUCAGCUCCUCCAGCCUGCACACACACUCCCACUCCCACACGCAUGGCGUCGGGCCCAUACGUAGGCGCAACUCCGACAAGUACUGCACGCCCAUCGCCUCAGAGCUGGCUCAGAACUGUGAGUUCUACAAGAACGCUGAUGUCAGGCCUCCUUUUACCUACGCCUCUCUUAUACGUCAUGCCAUUCUGGAGUCCCCAGACAGACAGUUGACUCUCAAUGAGAUCUAUAACUGGUUUACACGAAAGUUUGCCUAUUUCAGGAGAAACACAGCCACGUGGAAGAAUGCUGUGCGCCACAACCUGAGUCUGCACAAGUGUUUUGUUCGUGUUGAGAACGUGAAGGGGGCCGUGUGGACUGUGGAUGAAGUUGAAUACCAAAAGAGGAGACCACCAAAGAUGACCGGAAGUCCCACUCUGGUGAAAAACAUGAUUUCAGGCCUGGGCUUUGGAUCCCUAAACGCCAGCUACCAGGCGGCUCUGGCAGAGAGCAGUCUGUCCUUACUGAACAGCCCUUCCCUGCUGACCUCUCCGUCUGCGGCCAGCCUCAACAUGCUGCAUGUGGGCCACGAUGAUGUCAGCUCCACUGUGGAGCAGGUCAACAGCAACGGGAGCUGCAGCCCCACGCUCAGCCCUCACCAGUACAGCCACCAAGUGCAUGUGAAGGAGGAGCCCACUGAGGUGGAGGAGGACAGUCGGCCAGUAUCCCUCCUGGCCGGUGUCACACACAGCCUGCCAUUGCCAAGCGAUGAGCGCGACCUGGAGGAGGACCUUCCCACAGAGGAGCUGGAGUAGGACAGAUCCACGAUGGACCAGAGGGACGAGACAUAGCGAGAUCAAUCCCUGAGCCCUCUCGUCAGUGUGAAGAGGAAAAGACAGCUACAGUACACUUAAGAGAAAACAGAGAAAAAAGAGAAUUUUUUUUUUAAGAAAAUGCAAGCAACCAUGGACAACAUUGAGAAACUCCAAACAGGGUUAGAUGACCUCCGUUACUUUCAGACGCAAAAACAAGACUGUGGAGCACUGCUUUACCUCCUUGUGUUUCUUUUCCAACACUUGGCUCAGAGGUGUAACACCACUCAAUGCAUACACUCUCACACAAAACACACAGACACACACUCAUUCACUUGUCAAACCACGUCUCAUAAUCCUCCCUGGUCAAAUCAGCUUCUGUGCAUAGACCCCAGAGGUUUGGACACACGCUCUCCUCCUCGCCCCACCACUCUCGGUGUUGUCUCGGGCUCCCUGGCUAGCUGUGUUUAUCUCCACGUCAGUUGAGAAGACACACAGGUGCAUGCGUGUUAGAAAGAGGAAGACACACACACACUCACAGGAUCAUGUGUAUAUAGAUCUGGAUCAGUCACCAAGGGUGAAGAAGGAGUGUACCUCUCCGUCUUCCCCCUCUUUGAGUCAGUCACUUGGUUUUUCAUUUUCAUUGAUUCGUUUGAAAUUAAACUGUUGGGCUUCAAGAUGGGAAGGAAGGAAGAGUGUUUUCAAAUAUUACCUCCAAAAGUGCUCCAACACUUGGCUCCUGUCUCCAAGUCUGUGUGUGAGCCCACAGAGAGGCUGACCCGGGAGAGGAGGCGUGGCCCAGGUCCCUGUCCAAACUUCUGCCCCCGGCAAGACACUUAGUGACGGACAUCUUUUAAACUCUUUGCUUCUAAGUGAGAUAAAAAAGAAGACAUUCCCCUACCCCACCUCUAUCCCUUCCCAUCCCUACCGAAAAGACUGCAGGAAUAGGACCAUUUGGUGCUCUCCUUCUCCUCUCCUCCGUCUGCGGAUGGAGUGAUGAGCUUCGAACACUUUGAGAACGAGAAGAAAAGGGGGGAAGCAGAGAGAAGUGAGGGAGGAAGCGUCUACAAAAAUAUUGUGACUAAAAAAAGAAAACUGUUGAUGAUUAUGGAACAUAACAAGAAAAAAAAACGUGUGGUAGCUUUUGUCAUUUCCUUUUUUUAUUUGAUGUUAUUAUCAUUGUUUUUUUUUUGAGGAUCAAUAUUUCCACGGUGGCGUUCUGUUUCGACGUACCUUUUCUAAGGAUGCUGUUUUUGUUUUUGUAUUGUAAUUUGUUUGAUUUACUCUGGCUGUUCACACCAUUCCAAAUGAGUAUUGGCACAAAAAAAGAAAGCGCAGUAUUGUCCCAACUUGUGAUACCCGACCCCCACUCCUGCCCCUCUCCCUUUCUGUCCCAAGUGUAGCAGGCAAGAAAUUUGGAAAUAGCACUUAAAGUUGCCAUUAUCCAGACAGAUUAUUUAACAGCUGACCUUUUUUUAAAAUUCUCUCUCAUUCACUCGUUUUUGGUUGUGUAUUUAGUUGAGAAAUAUCAGUAAUGCUUUAAAAAAAAAAAUAUAUAUAUAUAUAUUAUUACUGCAGUCAGAGAAUACCUCAUCCCACAAAGGUUCUGCCUGGAACUGUGUCCAAAUUGAUAAACAAAUAAGGGGGAAUUCUUUCUGUGGGACACCAAAAUGCGGCAACUCUGCUCAGCUUCGAUUCAAAGCUCUAUGGUUGUAAUAGUUACUGUGUAGAAGCUAUCUGCAAUUCACUGUGUGAGUUUGUGUAAAAGGAAUAGCAUGUGAGAUUUAUUUUUUUGUUUGUUUUCCAUGAGCAUAAAAGCAUUACUUUUCUCUUCAGUGCCAUACCAAAUUUAACUUUUAUUUUAAUCUAAUAUCUGCUUAUUCCCAUUUUAUUUUUGUUACAGGUAACCAAAGAAAUAUGUAGAAAACCAAAAACCCUGUAGUUUAUUUUGCCCUUUUUGAGUUUCUAUUUUUUUUCCUUCUUAAAGAAUUGGCCAAAAGACAACAAACCAGGAGUUUGAAUUCUUAUUAUUGUAUUCAUAUAACUAUUUUGUUGAAAUUAUACAUGACUUACAGUGCUGACCAGUCCAAAAACCAAAGUGUGUAAAGCAAACUAGAAUUCGGAGACAUCAAAGCUUUUACAUGAUAAGCGGUUACGAAUGACUCACAUUAGGUAUAAGGCCAAAAACUAGUAUUAACAAACCUCGCACAGUUCCUCUGAAAAACAAAAAGAAAACAAGCACUUAGAGGUGAAACCUGUCUCUCCUACGCUCAGGCUAAACUGUUCCAAACACAAUCCUAGGACUGGCCCUACUACUGUACUGCACUCGUGAGGCAUCUGAACACAGCACAUAUUGUAUGUACCUUUACCACCUGAGAUGCCAACAGAAAGAGAGGUUAAAUACAGAAUGAAAAUAUUUGGCUCUGUCAAGUCAACCUGGCUUUACAGGAUACUUUAUCUGGUGCUGCCGUAACGAACAUUUGGAGUUUUUUCUAGUAAACAAACAUACCCUCUUCAUCUGUAUGUAGUAUUGGCAGGAAUAGGAGAUAGGUACUGUAAUGUGGUUACAAAAGUCACAUCUUGGGAACAACUAAAAGUAAUUUUAAAAAUAUACCAAUGUAAGAGGAAAAUAACCAAGGGACACCAUGUAAUCAAAAGUUGGGUUCAUAUUUUCAUACUUUCUCUCAAACUAUCUCUUGCACUUCAGACAAUUUUUCUUAUUUAAUGAAAGAACCUUUCUGAUGACUUUGCAUUCAAAAAGGACUGUUUCCUGAUUUCUAACAAAGUACAAAGUGACAGACAGGCAUCUUGAAACAAGAAAAAAACCAAAAAUAACACUACCUCCUUUUCAAAACGGUUCAACACAUAGCCAAUGGGAGACUGAACUCUCUUAAAUAUUUUUUUUCCAUUCUUCCUGGAUGAUAAUAAUAAUAAUAAUGAAUGCCAAAAUUGUUGUUACACCUACUGUAUGACUUAUGACACGCAUAAAAAAAAAGAAGGUAUUUGGCGAUCCGGACUCUCUCUGCUUGAGCCCAAAAACAUUGAGACGUUUCACUUUCCAUGGAAAUUAAAAAUUACUACCUCUCCGUAAACCACAUCUAAAGCACUCUCUACGUCUCAAAGUGUGUUGUGAAGUGCUCACUAUAUAUGAAAAGUUCAGCUGUUUCAAACUGACCUUACACCAGAUUAGCACUGAGCUAUGUGAACAGCCUCUCAACAGUGUGUUUUGAGUGUAUGUGUGCAUAUUCAUGAUUUUAGCCAAUGAGAAACUGGUCGUUAAUGGCUAUGCGAUGUUGCAAGGAGCUGGUUGUCAGGUGUAAUGAUGGGCAGAAUAUAUCAGUGCUACCACACACACACACACACAAAGGGGUAUAGUGUAACAUAAGCAUAGAAGCAGGGCUAUGGGUUAGUGCAACAGAGGCUCUGACCAUCCAGAUAUCCAAAGACCCACAACACAGCAGCACCUGCUUCACCAAAACACUCACAGAGACGCUGAGAGGACUAACACACACUUAAUGAAACUCAUCUACUAGUAAUAUCCAAGAGGAACUGCUGCAUACAGUACAUAGAUGAUCUCUGACUUGUGCUUUAAGGUACACCUGUAAACAAAGCUGUUUUAUAAAGAUGUAGAUUGUUCACAGGUCGCCAUGUAACACUUCUGUUCUUUCUCCAGCUUGGCAUAACAUGAUGUAUUCUUGUAUAUUAAUGCUUGACUUAUCUCUCCAGGGCAUUCUUUCACAUUUUGUCCUUUGAUUUUCUCUUCUUUUUGUUUUCUUUUUUUUUCUGCACCUGUUUAGCUAUUGUAAAGCUUUCAGCUCUGAUUCUAUACUGUACUGCUAAUGCUGAAGUAUAUGUAUUUAUCAUAUUAAGUGCUGCAGGUAUCUUGGUUUAUUAGAUUUGUUUUUGUUUCUGUUUGAUUCCACUUUUUCAGUUCUUCAUAAAACGUCUGGGACGCUGAUUUUUUAAGUGUAUUAUCUCUAAAAAAAAUGAAAAGAAUAAAAGUUAGAUCAGUGGUUUAGGUAACACCUGUUUGUAUAUUUAUCUUAGCUAGGUCUAUUUUGAUACUUUUUUGUCUCUGUACUGCAUUUAUGCAUUUUUAAGGAAAGAAAAAACACAAAUGGAAAACAAACUAAAAAGUUACUUCAUUAUGUAUUGAUACCUCAGAAGGACUUUUUCUCAAAGACAGGACCAAAACCUUGGAAAAGAAAAAGAGAAAAAAAUGUAAGAAUAUGUAGCCCCUCUCUUGCUUUAAAAAAUGCGGAGCUCUAGAAAGGUAUUGCUGUUGGUCCUCUCAGGUGCCAAUAUGUGUCCCAGCUCCCUGUGACCCCUCCCCCUGACCCCUGACCCCACAUUCCUGUGCUGAACCCCGACACGCAGAGCUGUCAAUCAUCUGCAGGCGCCAUGGGGGUGUGACUGAGUCACAUACCUGACUGGGGGUGACCAGUCACAAACCUCAUCUCUCAGUCCCACAGAGGCAGAUCAAAGACUGACACUGUUGCAUUUUUGAUACUCCUUCUCUUGCGUAGUCUCAAUACCAAAAUGUGGAGUGACUCUCAGAGAUGCAGCUCAUCCUUUGACUACCAAAGGCAUUGUAAGCAACCAUUUGCUUAGUCCAAACUCCUGAACUCUAACCAAACUGUAACCAAACCAAUGCCACAACCUUAACCAAACAAAAACCAAGCUACUUCCAAAACUCUCCAUCGACUUCACUGAUCACCUUUACUGAUAGCUGUUAUCUCUCGUACAUCCACGUAAUGGUGUUGUAGGACCAGCCUGCAGCCUAUUGGCUGGUGACUGACUCAGAGGACACAGGGAGCCCAAAUCCUGAUGUGUGAUUGGACAGUUCUGAGGUGUCAUGUGAGGGGGAAGGGACUCUCAAAGUGGAGCUUUGCCUGACGGUAUUAUCAAGUAGACAGCCAGAAUCCGAUGGAACUACCACUUCAGCUCUCCUCGGGUUAAACCUUAGGAAUGUGUGUACAUUUUCAGCAGUGACUCUCUGAAUUGUUUCUUAGUUUCAGUUUACCUGUUUACCUCUCUUUAUCCUUUGGUUUUUGUUCCGUUUCUUGUUAUUUGAAAGUGUGACCCGAGGAAGAGGCGGGGACAGGGACUGGGUGGAGGCUUUAGACAGACAGUGGAGCCCAGCCCUCUGACCCUCCACCCCGGGUAGCCAUGUAAUGCCAGUCACUGCCCUUUCCUUCAUGCUGUAUAAAAACACACAUAUAUCUGUGUAUUUGUAACCUGAAUCUUCUUGUGUCUGUCCAUGCAGACAAUAAAAAAAACUGUACAGUAGGUCUAGUUGCAUGUAAUCUGUACUAAUUAUUGACAAUGGCAUUAUAAAAUGCAAUAAAAUACUUAUUACACUGUC